AUGGACGAGAAAAAGAUCAGCCCAGCUGAGGAUACCCUCGGCCACCUCGAAGAAUCACCAGACGUUCUUCAGCGAGGAUCUACGGUGUCUGUGGAUAUGGAAAACCCUGCACCAGUUUGGGAAUUGAGACGCACUUAUACGAAAAGUGGAAUCUCGGGGCUUUUCGCCUCUCGAUACGUUUUUACAUGUGCCCUACUUGCUACCUUAGGUGGUUUACUAUUUGGGUAUGAUCAGGGAGUGGUCUCUAUCACACUCGUUAUGCCACAGUUUCUCGACGACUUUCCCGAGGUUUCUGCAAAUGCCUCGGGUGCUGGCUUCAAGAAAGGCCUUAUGACCGCUGUUCUGGAACUUGGAGCAUUUAUCGGUGCGAUGAACCAAGGAUGGCUUGCUGACAAAAUCUCCCGCAAAUGGAGUAUCUUCGUCGCUGGCGUUAUAUUCAUGAUUGGUGGAGCUCUACAGACAGGCGCAGCCUCAUUCGCAAUGCUCACCGUCGCACGUUUUAUUGGUGGUAUCGGCGUGGGAAUGCUUGCCAUGGUCUCACCUCUAUACAUCGGCGAAAUCGCACCUCCAGAGAUUCGAGGCACUUUGCUAGUGCUCCAAGAGCUUUGCAUCGUCACCGGUAUCGUGAUUGCCUUCUACAUCACUUAUGGAACGCGGUAUAUCCCUAGCUUUUGGGCCUGGCGUCUUCCAUUCUUGAUCCAGUUGAUCCCGGCUAUGUUUAUGUGUGCCGGGGUCUUUUUCAUUCCUUAUUCCCCGCGGUGGCUUUGCCAACAGGGUCGACACGAGGAAAGUCUCCAGACACUUGCCAAGAUCCGCCAGCAUUCCACCACCGAUGAACGGGUCAUGGAAGAAUGGUACGAAAUCAGAUCUGAGUGUGCAUAUCGGAAUGAACUUUCUGCGACGAAGCAUCAAAACCUCCUCAACCCGGGUAUUUGGAAUACAAUCAAGCUUCAGAUUGCACUUUACAUCGAUUGUUGGAAGAUGCCAAUUUAUAAACGAACUCAAGUAGCUGUGGGUUUGAUGUUCUUCCAACAAUUUGUCGGAAUCAAUGCCUUGAUCUACUACUCGCCGAGCUUAUUUGAGAGCAUGGGAUUAGACUAUGAGAUGCAGCUAAUCAUGUCAGGUAUAAUGAAUAUCUGCCAGGUUGUUGCCUGUAUCUGGUCUCUUUGGGGUAUAGAUCGGUUUGGUCGCCGCAAACUUCUGUUGGGAGGAGCAAUCUGCAUGUUUAUCUCGCAUUUUGUGAUUGCCGUCCUUGUUGGUAAAUACCAGGAUAGCUGGCCCGAGCAUACAGCUGCAGGUUGGGCAAGCGUCGCCUUUCUUCUUUUCUUCAUGUUGACAUUUGGAGCAACCUGGGGCCCUAUUCCAUGGGCAAUGCCCGCCGAGAUAUUUCCUUCCUCACUUCGUGCCAAAGGGUGUGCGUUCGGCACUAUGUCUAAUUGGGGUAACAAUUUUAUCAUUGGAUUGAUAACUCCCCCAAUGAUUCAAAACAUCACGUAUGGCACUUAUGUCUUCUUUUGUACAUUUUGCGCUAUUUCAUUUGUUUGGGUCUACUUCCUUGUCCCAGAGACCAACGGGCGUACUCUGGAGCAGAUGGACUCCGUGUUUAAAGACAAAAGUACCACCGAGGAAGCUGAACGACGGGUGGAGAUAAGGGCGGGACUCAAGCAGGGUCCUGCUAGCCAACAGGCUGAGGCAAUGCCCUAG